AUCUGGGCACCGGGUGGCUGAGCUCCGAGGGAGACCACUGCCAGCACGGCGUCCGGUGGCAUCCUGUGAUCGCCUUGUGGCCGACGCUCGGGAAGCUCGGCCAUCGGCAGAGCCGUGGUCUGCUGCUGCUGUCCAGAGCCGUGAUCUGCUGCUGCUGUCCAGAGCCGUGGUCUGCUGCUGCUGUCCAGCCGCAGUCCGGCACGCCUUCCACAGCCUAGACACUAGCCAGGGCGCCGCAGCACAGCCGCCAGCCAGGGCGCCGUAGCACAGCCGACGGACCGAGGAUGGCGGACAGCACCGAACCGGACCUGAUCGCAUGGAGUGACGCCACGGCUAACAGCUCGCGGACGCGGGCGGCCAUCCUCGACUUGUUCGGCGACAGACCGCUGGGUGACAACGCCACACUCGUGGUGAACAACAUCAUCCGAGUCAUCAGCAGCAAGGUCAACUCUGGCGGCGAGCACGAGCCGGCCGUGGCCACUCUCCUCCAGAUCCUUUACUGGUCGCUCAUACUCUUCGGCAUCAUCAUCAACCUAUUCGUGUGGUUUAUCUUCAUCCGAAAGCCAAAACUGCGCACGACCAGGAACAUUUUCAUCGUGAACCUCUGCACCUCGGACAUCUUGCUGUGCUCAAUCACCAUGCCCUUCACGCUCGUGGUGGUGAUUGAGGCCAAGUGGACGUUCGGCCAGUACCUUUGCAAGCUGGUGCCGCUGAUUCAGUGCAGCAACGUGCUGGUGUCCACCGGCACCGUCAUCAUCAUCGCCCUGGAUCGCUACAAUACCAUCGUUAAGAGCCCCUGCGCCUGUCCCAAGAGGCUGCCACCGUUCGUGUACAUAUGUUGCCUCUGGAUGAUCUCUUUGGGCAUAUCGUCGCCGAUGUGGGUGUUCCACAAGAUCGAGCCGGUGCCGUUCCCUAAUUGGCAGGGCCAGCGGCCGAUUUUUGCCCUGUACGAGAUAUGCAGGGAGAAAUGGCCCAACAACGCGUCGCGUCUGUCCUUCACAUUUGCCUUGUUAAUGAUCCAGUACCUGGCGCCGAUUGUGACACUCGCGAUCACUCAUUCACGCAUAAAAACAUUCUUGCGCCAGCACAUGGCUAACGGCAGCAUCGGCAACCGAAUCCGGGCCGAGAUCUCGCGCAAUCGGCGCGUCACGCUCGUGCUCACGCUCAUCGUAGUGGUAUUCGCCGUCAGCUGGCUGCCGUAUCACCUGUUCCUGAUCCUGGACGAGCUGAAGCUGAUCGCGGUGGAAACACGCACCUACAACCUGGGCUUCGCCGUGUGCCACCUGCUGGCCAUGACGAGCGCCGUCACUAACCCCAUCCUCUACGGCUUCCUCAACACCAAUUUUCAGCGCGAGUGGCGCCAGUUGAUUCCGCGCGCGCUGAAGGGCUUAUGCGACUCGCCGCCGGAGCGAAACGAGGCGCGCAGCGGCCCCACCAACACGGUGCCGAUGCUGACCGUGCAGCGGCACGACCAGCCCUCCUCGACGGCCGUCUCCAUGCUGCCGGCGGACAGGGCCAGUCGCCGGCGAAUCGACACGCAGCUCUAGGACGGCUGCUGGCACGCAGGCAGCCGCUGCAGUUCAUGGCUGCUGCCGCGCACGUGCGUGCCCGUAGUGACAUGACAGCCGCGGCCGCAGGUAAAGCUAUGGGCCAGCUGUCGCGGCACAAAUACGCUGCUGUAGGACAGCAGAAUACGCUAUGCUCCGCUGCUUGCAGAUGACCGCAGGUACACUGCCGCGGCACUGACGCCGACAUGACCUCCGGCGUCGUAUUAAUCGUGGAAGUGGUUGUGACGGUCACGUUGGAGCGCAUGGGUUUUCGGGCUGUGGCUGCUAGCCUUUAGGUAGCUAGACUAUACUACAAUGUCAGGACAUCUGGCCCACAGGCAAUGCCAGCUAGCCCUUCCCUCCCGCUACGGAGUAUCAUAUCACCAACCGCUGCGGAAGAGAAUGUCCGUGAUCAGUGCAGACCGUUACGGCCAGCCUCAGUAAAGGCCAUCCUGGACGUAUUUCCAGGUUAAAGCGGCCUCUAGAUAAGUUUCCUGCCAUUCAGGAUGUGUGCAGAAAUCUCUCAGGGUUCAAUAAACUCUGGCACCCCGCAACAUUGGGAAACGAAAUGAGGUGAAAACAAACCCACACCGGGGUGCUAUGCUAAACAAGUAUAAUUCACACACAUGCGCUAUGCUCCACAAUUUUGUAGCAUCGUGCAUUUCAGUUACUGUCUGUCUUAGGCGGUCAUCAUCGUACUUCCUUCCUGAAUGACCGUAUUUUUCUUGAAUGUUUUACGAGUGUUCGGUGUUAAACG